CGCCACUCUACCACCGACAGCGCUGUAGUCGCUAUGACGCGGUUGCGAUCUCAUAGCAAGUAUUGAAAUCAAGAAGAAAUGAAAUUAUGUACGAAAAUUUGUUACUUUUGUGAACUGAACAUCAUUUGCAGACGCUUAUCCCUAAGUUCUCAUCAAGUUAUGUGAUUGGAUAAUACGCGAAAAUAAACAGCGAUGCUUCAAAUGAAAAAUAUUGACCUUUAUUGUCUCAUAAAAUAAGUCUAGAUUAUGAGAUCUGGUGUAUUGGACUAGCAAAUUUAAAUUUGCUCGUUGGUUUUUAUAGCAUCCAUGCUGCCUGAACAGGCAGUUUCGCCCCUGUGGCUUGGUCCCACGACUUUCGUAAACAUAUGAAGUGAGGUAUUUCUAGAUAUUGACCAAGCAGCCAAAACCAACUAAUUAUUUCACGAUGGAGGUAGAUGGUGGAGACCCAUCAAGUGUAAAUAAAAACCCCAAAGUUAUUAAAGGUGCCCAAGAAGAUGCUGCGAAAUUGGAUAUUUUAGUGUGUGGCACUUGCCGUAAUGUUUUUCAUUUCAUUGAAGAGUUUAAAGAGCAUAAACAGGAAGCCUGUCCAACCUCCUCUUUCAGUGCACAGGAGACAAAGCCCCAAGUGUGGGCGUUUUUGUUGUGGAAAAGUGCAAUUGUUAAUAAAGACAGAGGGGAUGGAGGACCAGGAAAUAUCAGUUCUUGGAAGAUGUACCAGCGCUGGUGUAAAAUGGAUGAAGAAAUUCGUGAUAAUUGGAUUGCUGCUGGGAGAGCACUGCAGAGUUUCUCAAUGAUUGCCAGUGCUAAACUACAAGAAAUUAGGACUCCUAAUGAUGGUAAAAUUCGAAAUGCAAAUACACGACCUGGAGAAGAAUCUGAUGGUAAAGAUGAAAUGCAUGAACAUGAAACUCUUGAAAAUACUAUGAACAUAGCUGGCAUUCUGAUUUAUGGUUGUGUGUUGAAAGCAGAUCAGAAGAAAGGCACCACACGAACUGCAAGUACAGAAAAAAACAAUUCAGAGAGUUGGAAUAAUACAUCUUCAGAAGAUAAUGUGACUAAAACCAUAACUUUAAAUACUUCCACUACCGGCAAGUGUGCUUCAGGAGGUGAAGACAACAGGGAAAAUCAUGAUGGAAAAAAGGCAAGCAAUACAGUUUCUGAUGAAAAUGAUUCUAAUAAAAAGGUGUCAUUAGAGAAUGAUGAUACAAUUGAGAUUAAGGAAGAAAAAUUAAGUGAGGAAGAGGGGAGCAGAGGAGCAUGGGAUGUAGAAGACAUGGAUGAAUCAGCUGAAAUUUUAUCAGCUCCUAUAGAAAUUCAAGUCGCUAAGAAACGAAGUGAACCACGACCAGACAGCAACAAAGUAACUCGUCGUUCACUGAAUCGUUCACUAAAUGAUGGGUCCAGUGAGGAUGAAUACGUUGUUGAGAAGAUCUUAGCAAAACGAUUCAAUCCCAAAAAGAAAUAUUAUGAAUAUUUACUGAAAUGGGAAGGCUAUCCACAUGAACAGAACACUUGGGAACCUGUUCAUAACAUGGCAGCUUGUGACAAACUGGUAGAAACAUUUGAACGCAACCUGGCAAAGCAGAAAGCUGCUCAGCAGGCCCAACAAGCUCAAAUGCAGGCACAGAAAGUUGUUUCAAAUGCACAAUCUUUGACACGAAAGCUUGCUGGUCCAAGUUCAAGUGUAAGAGACCAAGGACUGGAGCCAGGACCUAGCGGUGUGGAAAGCAGUCGACCUGUUCGCAGUAGUAAGAAGAAAGCCUUAGAACAAGUGAAGUCAUGGUGUGGCUCUAUGGCUAAAACAACAGAAUUUGGUAAAAGAAAAGUUGGUGAAAGCAGUGAUUCUGAUGAAGACGAACUCUCUGAGAAAAAAGUAAAAUUGGAGCCUCCAGAUGAUGAUGAUCAUUGGAGCAGUGGAGAAAUGCAGGGCUCUUCUGGGGAGGAAAAUGUAGUUGCUAUUCAAGGAAAUCAAGCCAAAGUUGUUGGAGUUAUUCAUAAAGCCAAGGAACAUUUAUUUGCUCCUGUAGUAAAGCGAUCUCCUGGUCGACCUAGGAAAAUACGUGUUGAAGAAGGGAAUGCAAUAAAUGGUAUGAAACCUCGUAAGGAAGAUGCCAAUGAGUUGGCUGUAAAAUUAGGGUUAGAAUCUGAUUCUUCUCCGGAAUCAAAAGCAAGAUCUCCCCAACAAGGAAACAAAGUUGCAGGUCAGCCACCUGUGCUAGUAGCCAACUCUAAAGGAGUUAUUAAAGUAGAUCCUCGUCAGGUGCCGAAUCUCACUUCAGGGGUAUAUAUUGUAGCCAAUAAAUCGAAUGUUGUAAAACUGGAAUCUUUGCCGGGAUCUCCUCCUAAGGGUAAAGUGUUAUCGUCCAAGACACCUCCAGGAAAACCUUUGGAGAGUAAUGUCAAACCAGGUGUGACAUCUGGUAUUGUCCGAAAAACCAAUACUGGGCAAGGAAGCGUUCCAACUCGUCUGCGGCCUUUAGCUCCUGCCCCUCCACCUGUGAAAUUAUUGCCUAAGCCUGCUCCCGGUCAGCUGGCAGGAGUGCUUCUAGGAGGCCCUGGACUGAUGAAGGUUGCGCCCCAGUUGGCCCAACGAACUGUUGUUUCAACCAGCCCUCGCAGUGUAACAACUACGCCCCGCAUUUUAGGACCUCGACCAACUGCCAUUUUGCAACCACGUGGCACCCUCUUGCAAAGUCCUCUUCGUUCCCAGACGCCCAUUGCUCCUGGAGUGAAGCGACCAAUAGGCAUUCCAGGUAUCCAGACAAAAAUUACCAGUGCCGUUCGGCCACGCCUGCCUGCAGCUGGAAAAGUGGUGUCUCCACUUACUGCCCAGACUAAAAGUGGAGUGAAGCCCAUUCAUGCCAUGUUAGGUAAGGCAGUACAGGGGCAGACCUUAGCUACUUCAGGUCUCCUGACAGCUAAGAAAAAUGGAGAAGGCACUUUGAAACCUGGAGAGCGUCUAACUGUUGCCACUGUGAAGCCUGGAGUGAGAGUGGAAGAAGAGAGACCUCGGAAAGGUGUGGGAAGGGGGCGUGGGCGAGGAAGUAGCCUUGGCCUUGGUAAUGACCUUAUAGGAAAGGGGCCUGGUAAGCUCAAUGAAAAUGAUGGCCUCCACAUGGAAUUCCAUGAGGUGUCAUCAAGUGACAGUGACAGUGGGGACUCUUUACCAGAAUUGCCCAUGGGUGACCUUCCUUCAUUGGAACCUGAAAGUCCUAGGCCUUUCACUUUGUGUCCAGAGACAGGAAAAAUUUUAGGUCGUGCUGAAGGGGAGCCAUCUCCACCUCCCAGCCCAGUGCAACCUCCUCCCAACCCUGCAUCUGUUCCUGUCCCAACAUCAGGACCAACUCCCACCCAGCUGUCCAAAGAUGAGAUAUCGGGUCCAGCUCCUGGGGCUAACGAGUCAGAGGAAAUUUUGCCAGACAAGAGGGAAUCUUCGCCAGUGCCAUAUCCAGAAGGUAACGAGACCUUGUUGAAGGUGGAGAUGAGUCCAGGAGGAACAACUGGCACUGUAAUAGAAAGUAGUGUGACAGAUUCUCAGUAUGUGGACACUUUACGGACGGAACAGGGAGUGACAGUGACAAAAAUUCCUGCUGAAUUAGGGGCAAAGACUGCUGAGCAGACAAUAAAUACUGCACCUCGAGCAGCCAGUCCAACUGCAGGAAAGGCCAGUGGUGGAAUCUCAGUGCCAGCACGAAAACUGUUUAUGGAAGGUGGGAAGUUAAAUCCAACAGAAGUAGUGACUGUGACAGGUGAAGAUGGUGUGGUGUAUCAGAUUGCAACUGAAGGACAAGAUGAGAUGGAGGGGGGAGAGGGGAUGCAGCAGUGUGUGUAUGUGACUACUGACCAAGCAGAAGGAUCAGAGGAAGGGGCUGUUCUAACUCUGGACACCGCAGUGGCAGAAGCUGUCGCCCAGCUCAUGCCAGACCAGGUGAAUGUAAUUGGAGGAGGGUGUUCUCAGUUUUACAUCAAGGAAGGUGAAGGAAAUCCCGUCCCAGCUGACAAUAACGAGCAGCUUGUUAUGGCAUCUGUUGUCGAUCAGCCAGGUGCUGAUGACAAUGCACAAGUGGUUGCACAUGUUGUGCAGGAAGGCGAGAUCAUCCCUGGAACAGGUAUGUGGCUCCAUAAACAUAAAUAUUGUGUGCUGAUGUAAUUCAAACAAGAGACUUCCCAAAGAUAACACUAGAAAUGUGAAGGUGUCUUCUCU